CCAGAAUUAGUCAACAUGGUUAACGGCUAAAAAAGACGAAAGAGCACGGAAAAUGAUACUGGUGUACAGUACUGAAACUCUAAUUCCCCUCGAUACACCAUGCCGCAACGAGACGGUCAUUAUUUUAAUUAACAGAAAAAGAGAUCUAAAACAGAGAGCUUUCUUUCUCUAUUUCUUCUUCUUCUUCUUCUUUGUUCUUCUACUUCGUUAAUGGCGUUUCAGUGAGAUAGAAAUUAGGGUUUUUUAUUUGGAUCGGACCGCCGAUGGACGUCGAGAGAUCGUCGCUUUGCAAUUGCGUGGUGAACUUUCUGCUGGAGGAGAACUACUUGUUGACUGCAUUCGAGCUGCUUCAUGAGCUCCUCGAUGAUGGACGAGACGAUCAGGCAAUUCGACUCAAAAACUUCUUCUCCGAUCCCUCCCAAUUCCCUCCCGAUCAGAUCACUCGCUUCAACACUCUCCGAGUUGCUGACCCUCAGAGUUUGCUAGAGGAAAAAGAAGCAGUAGAAGAAAAAUUAGCCAUCAGUGAGUAUGAGCUCCGUCUAGCCCAAGAGGACAUUCUGAAACUGAAGACUGAACUGCAAAAGAAAACUGGGUCAACUAUCAAGACAUUAACUGAGUCAAAUACAGAUGUUUCUGUAAAUCAUGAACCAGAGCCUCAGCAGCCAAAAAGAGAUACUUCCUUCUCUGAUUUGGGUCCUUUGAAGGACAAUGAACGUCGGGAUCUUAAUUGUGCUGUGAAAGAAUAUUUGCUUAUUGCGGGUUACCGGUUAACUGCUAUGACAUUUUAUGAAGAGGUUACAGAUCAGGACCUAGAUAAUUGGCAGAACUCACCUGCAUGUGUACUUGAUGCCUUGCGCCAUUAUUAUUAUCAGUAUCUUUCAACCACUACAUCGGCUGCUGAGGAGAAAAUUGCAAUGCUUCGAGAAAACGAGUCAUUACGGAAAGAAAAAGAGAAGCUGAAUCAUGAAAAAACAUGCUUGCUAAAAAGCAAAGAUUUAGCAGAUGUUCAAAUAAGUACAUUAACCAAAUCCUUAGAAACUCUUCAGAAGGACCUUAAAGAUAAAGAGAAUUUGGUACAAGAUUUAAAGCAGUCCUUGGAGCGCCAAAGGAAGGAGCUCAAUGGAUGCAGAGCUGAAAUAACUUCACUGAAAAUGCAUAUUGAAGGAUCUCGUGCUGGACUGAAUUCACAAGCUGCUGAUGUUGAUCAUGGUCAAGCUGAGUCCCUGGACAGAUACAAGGAAGAGAUUAAAUCCCUGCAGAUGGAAAUAGAAAGCUUAAAAGCAAAGUACAUGGCUGCUCCAGAUUCUGUGGAUUCCAACAACUCUGUGAAGGAGUCCAUUCAUGCUGACGAAAAAGUUGUUGAAAUACAUGAAGAUAAGAAUAUAAUUUCCCAGAUAGUUGAUCCAGCCCUAAGAGUUGCAGACAUUGAAAGUGCUAGAUCACUAGCUACUCAACCUUGCGAUGCCAGCAUGGAUAAACCUGAGGAACUUUCACAAGGGUUAGCAAGUGCUAGUGACAAUAUUGCCUUGGAGAUUAGUGAAAGUAUCUCUAAUCAUUACGGUGAAUUGCCAUCAGAACAUACUGGUCUACUUUCUAACGAAGAAAAACUCAGUGUCGAAGCUCUUCCUGAGAAGACGGGUGCAGGGACCAUUCAAAUCCUAGCUGAUGCCUUGCCCAAGAUUGUUCCAUAUGUCUUGAUCAACCAUCGGGAGGAGCUCCUUCCACUGAUCAUGUGUACAAUUGAGCGACAUCCAGACAGCAGCACUCGGGAUUCCUUGACUCACACAUUGUUUAAUCUAAUCAAACGUCCAGAUGAGCAACAGAGAAGAAUAAUAAUGGAUGCAUGCGUUAGCCUCGCUAAGAAUGUGGGAGAGAUGAGGACAGAAAUAGAAUUACUUCCUCAGUGUUGGGAACAGAUAAACCACAUGUAUGAGGAGCGCAGAUUGCUUGUUGCCCAAUCUUGUGGAGAGCUUGCUGAGUAUGUGCGGCCUGAGAUCCGAGAUUCUCUUAUUUUAUCUAUUGUUCAACAGCUGAUAGAAGAUUCUGCAACUGUGGUCCGGGAGGCCGCUGCACGUAAUCUUGCUCUGCUGCUACCGCUCUUUCCGAAUAUGGACAAAUAUUUCAAGGUUGAGGAGAUGAUGUUCCAAUUGGUCUGUGAUCCUUCUGGAGCGGUGGUGGAUACUUCACUGCAACAACUAGUUCCUGCAGUAAUUAAAUGGGGAAACAAACUAGAACACAUUUUAAGAGUUCUGCUCUCCCAUAUAUUGAGCUCUGUGCAGCAUUGCCCACCUCUAUCAGGGGUUGAAGGGUCUGUGGAAUCAUACUUUCGUGUAUUAGGUGAGCGGGAACGCUGGAAUGUUGAUGUUUUACUUAGAAUGCUGACAGAGAUGCUUCCUUCUGUGUGUGAGAAAGCAAUUGAGGCAUGCCCAUUUUCCUCUGUUCCGGAGGCGUCUGGAACAUUGUUUUCUACUUCUUUGCUUGAAUUAUAUGCAGGGGGACAUGUUCAAUGGCCUGAUUUUGAAUGGAUGCAUGUUGAUUGCUUUCCUGAUUUAAUAAAGUUUGCAUGCUUGCUUCCUCCUAAAGAAGACAAUUUACGAAAUCGAACUACCAAGUUCUUGUUGGCUGUCUCAGAAAGCUUUGGGGAUUCAUAUUUGACACAUAUAAUGCUCCCUCUAUUCUUGAUAGCUGUUGGGGAUGAUGGUGAUUUGGCAUUAUUCCCAUCUUCCAUCCAGUCUAGAAUCAAAGGUUUGAGACCAAGGACUGUUGUGGCUGAGAGACUGGCUACCAUGUGUGUUCUACCGCUUCUCUUGGCAGGUGUUUUGGGUUCUCCAUGCAAGAAGGACACAUUAGCAGAAUACUUGAGAAAGCUAUUAGUUGAAGGACCUGCAAAGGAGACACAGUCAACAAAGCGCAACACUGACAUCAUCGAUGCUGUCCGAUUUCUCUGCACCUUUGAAGAACAUCAUGCUAUGAUUUUUAAUAUUCUGUGGGAAAUGGUUGUAAGCUCCAAUAUUAAUCUGAAAGUCAAUGCUGCCAAUCUGUUGAAAGUCAUUGUUCCAUAUAUUGAUGCAAAAGUUGCAACUGCUCAUAUUUUGCCUGCUUUAGUUACACUGGGCUCUGAUCAAACCCUCAAUGUAAAGUAUGCUAGCAUAGACGCUUUUGGAGCUGUUGCCCAACAUUUUAAAAAUGACAUGAUUGUUGAUAAGAUACGUGUUCAAAUGGAUGCUUUUCUAGAAGAUGGAUCCCAUGAAGCUACUGUUGCUGUGGUUCGAGCAUUGGUGGUAGCUGUACCACAUACAACAGAUAGACUAAGAGAUUAUAUCCUUAACUUUUUCUUUUUUGAACAGUUAAUGUGCUUCAAAAUUGUGUUCGCAUGUAUAAAUUUAAAGCCUUGGUGUUGCUUGUUUCCUUAAUAUGAUAUACAUCUUUUGUCCAAGAUUUUCCAAUUUACGUCAACUCCAAUGUCUGGAAGUGAUCUGAUGCGUCGACGAGACAGAACAAAUGCAUAUUGUGAAGCAAUCCGAGCUCUAGAUGCUACAGAUCUUUCAGCAAAUAGCGUUCGGGACUUCCUCCUACCUGCCAUACAGAACCUACUGAAAGACGCGGAUGCAUUAGAUCCUGCACAUAAGGAAGCCCUUGAAAUUAUAAUGAAGGAUAGAUCUGGUGGAACUUUAGACGCUAUUAGUAAAGUUAUGGGUGCUCAUCUUGGCAUUGCAUCAUCUGUGAGCAGCUUCUUUGGUGAAGGUGGGUUGUUGGGCAAGAAAGAAAGCACAGAGCCACCACUGCCACCACCACUGGAGACAGUUGAGUCCCCAAACUCUUCUGCAUUGCCACCGGUAGAGGACACUAGAUUCAUGAGGAUCAUGAGAGGAAAUUUCACAGACAUGCUCAGGGCCAAAGUUAAGAGCCAAGAAGAAACGCAGAACCAACGAAGUUCGCCUCAGUAGUAGCUUGGUUACAGUAUGUGCACUUUGUACCUCGGUUGAAGAUCAUUUGGCUGUUUUCCAUCGAACGGGAAGAAUUAUUUUUAUUUUUUUUUCUUUUUUUGGUUUUAUAUUUUUGAUUGCAUUAUCAGAUAGGAAAAAAGGUAUAAAAACAAAGAGAAAAAAGAAAAUAAAUUUACAUUUUCACU